UUUCCUUUACUCUUCUUCUUCCUCUUUCUUCUUCCUUUCUUUAUCUACUUGACAUAGAUUUUCCAGUACUUAAAGUCGUAUCCACAUGUGUUUCUGUGUCUCUUCUGCAACCAAAAAGAAAUAGUUAUAAUAAUUAAACUUUGUUCAAAUCAUAAAUAUACACUUACAAUAAGUUGUUCAUAUAAAAACAUAUAUUAUAAUCUCUAGCUAUAUAUAUUGAGAUCACUCCCGUCUUUAUCAAAUUCUUCUACUUCUCUUCCACUUUUAGUUCAGUCGAUCUGAUAUGACUCGGAUCAAUCUCUCGUACUGAAUUAGAUCAUUCAUCUUAGCUUUCGAACACGGAAAUGAAGAAUACAUUUAACCUCAUUGAUUCAAAGCUCGAGGAACAUCAUUAUCUUUGCGGAUCAAAGCAUUGUCCUGGAUGUGGCCGCAUGAUUCAAGCCGCUACUAAACCAAAUUGGUUUGGACUGCCGGCGGGAGUGAAAUUUGAUCCGACGGAUCAAGAGCUUGUUGAGCAUUUAGAAGCAAAAGUGAAGGGAAAAGAAGGAAAUAAGAAAUGGUUUCCGUCUCAUCCACUUAUAGAUGAGUUCAUCCCAACCAUUGACGGAGAAGAUGGGAUCUGUUACACUCACCCACAGAAGCUUCCAGGGGUAACAAAAGAUGGUUUAAGCAAACACUUCUUCCACAAACCAUCAAGAGCUUACACAACCGGAACAAGAAAACGACGCAAAAUCAUCCAAACGGAACACGACUCCGAGUUAAACGGAUCGUCAUCCGAAACGAGAUGGCACAAAACCGGAAAAACAAGACCGGUUAUGAUAAACGGUCGACAAAGGGGAUGCAAGAAGAUAUUAGUACUAUACACAAACUUCGGCAAGAAUCGACGACCAGAAAAAACAAAUUGGGUGAUGCAUCAAUAUCAUUUAGGGAUUAACGAAGAAGAAAGAGAAGGAGAGCUUGUGGUCUCCAAGAUCUUUUAUCAGACACAACCUAGACAAUGUGUUGGUAAUAUUAAUUGGUCGGAACAAAAUGUUAGUUCCAAGGGCUUGAUAGGAAUUGGUGCCGGAGAUGAAAUAUGCGGCGUUGCUGCCGCCUUGCAGAGUCUUGGCUCCGGUGACGUUAUUUCUAGGGUUAAUACGAACCCCUUUACAAGAGCCUUCGAUGAGGGGACAGCCGAAGCUUCGAAGGGAAGAGAAAACCGGCUUGUGUCCGGCACGUGCGAGGAAGUACAUGAUGGGAUCAUAAGAUCAUCGUCAUCAACUUCAUAUCAUAUGAUUCAUGAUCAUAAUCAACAUGAUCAUCAGAUUGGAGAAAUAAGAGAAUUUCACAUACCAUCUUCGUCAUCAUAUCAUGAGUCAAUCUUCAACAUUACAAGUACUGUGCCGUCUCAGGGGUCGAUCAUCUGGUUCGGGAUUAGAAGACUUAAUCAUGGGUUGCACAUCUACUUGCACAGAAGAGGAAAAUUCAGAAGCAAUUCCACAGCAAAACGCAGACUGGUUAACGUUUCCACCAUCCUGGAACCAAACCGAGUCAGAUGGUCAAAACCGGAGAUUUUAACCGAACCAGAAGGAAGCAGAGAAGUCUUGCAAACAAUGGGCUUAGCUUUUGAUCAAUGCUGGAAAUGUUGAGCUAUUAUCUCUGCC